AUGACUGAGAAUGACACAUGCAAACGCGGUUCAGAGCCAUCUACGGGUCCAGAGAAGCUUGAAAAACUGAUACAACUGUCUAACUGGUUUCUCGAUGAGGCUUACAAGAAGGGAUCAACAUCGCUGCAAGCAGAAGAGAAGUUAUUGGAGUAUAACAAUUACGUGAGGGCAAGUCUCGGCUGUCUAUUCAAUGCCCUUGAACAGUACAAGGGUUUACUUACGCUGGCAGAUGAGGUUUUCAUUCACUAUAAAAUUACAGAAAUCUUACUUAGAGAAACUACAAGCCUUGAUCUCGCGUCAGAUUACUGCAGUCGCGGAUUGCAGCUCGCCAAAAGAAGCGAGUCAUUGGAGUAUCAAAUUCGUUUGGAGCUUCUGAACUUCGAGAUACAAUAUUUGACAGAUAAGUCCAAAGGCAAAAAGACAAGUUUUUCUUAUUUCAUGAGCAUAGCACAGCAUUGCGAAUCCCUGAAUAACAUUACCUUGACAAGCAUUAUGGAUUAUUUGAAGAUUCAAUAUUUUGGCAUGAUCUUUGAGGAAGAUCAGAUUUACCGCAACUAUGACCGCAUUGUGGAACGACUGGAGACUAAUUUGAGUGAGACUACAUUUGGAUUUCUCCAGUUAAUUCUUGUAUGUCAGCUUCAAUUCCAUUUGUUUCGUGGAAACUCGAUAGAGUUCGCAUUGCAAAAAUAUCACAGACUUAAAGAGUCUUUAGAAAGGUACCCUCAUUAUACGAAACUCCUUCCUCCGCAGUUCAAGGCUAUCACUCAAAUUUUGGACCUUUUGAUAUCCAUUCAGGAUGAUGACUUCAAGAGCACGAAAAGCAAAAUGAGCAAAAUCGAUGCUUUAAUCAGAGAGCUCAAGGCUUUGGAACCUUGGGCUAGAAACUUUCGCUUUUGUGUCCCCGUUGACGUUAAUAUAGCACACCAAGAGUUUACACUACCACUACAGAUCAAUUGGCUGACCUUGCGCGAGUUCAGCAUGUUAUCAUAUUUUUACUGUGGGGUCUCGUACGUGAUAAAAUCUUGGGACGGCAAAAAUCGUACGGAAAUGUUGUUUGCACAAUGUCAGAAAUACAUUGGUUAUGAACUCAGCGAGCAUGUUUUGAUCUCCAGCAAUGAGAUGGAAGCCAAAGUGCUUCGAUUGAAGUAUUUUGGCUUAUUAAUUAAUUUUUACCAGGUGCUUGCCAAAUUCCAAUGUAACCAGUGGCACUCUUUUAACAGGGACGAAUUCCCACAAUUGUGGAAAUUCAUCGAUGACUACAAUGCGGGUCGAUUUUCCUCACAGGAGCUUGUGAUCUACCACAAAAUUGUAGACAAGGUGUACUUCCUGCUCGCGUUGCAGAGCCAAAGAAUGAACAAUUUGGAUGCAGCAAUGCAUUAUUACAUCAAACUCCGAGAGCUCCAUUCCUCUUCCUCAACGGAGCUCAAUGACUACAAUUUUUUCAGCGACACUAUCUUGGCUUCCUACAAGCAAACCACGAGCGGAGUGGGUGGCUGUCUACAGGAAGCCAAAGAUUAUCAUAAUCAGCUAUACUUUCUUGCAACAAUCAAUCUAGUGAUAUUAACGAUCUACAACCUCAGACGACUGAAGUUGCUCAACGUUUCGGAAUUUGACGAGGAUUACCAGGUCCUGAUGGACCGUUAUGCCAAAUUUUUGAAGUUGAAGAAUAUACUUCACAGCGAAUUGGUACAAAUGCAAUCUCUGUACAAGUCAAACAUAUUAUUGAGCUCUACACUGGACAUCUUUGUGCGAUACAUACUCGCCGAUGAGGGACAGCCGGUGGAAUUCGAGACCGCCCACCUAGAGAAGUUUUCACAGAUCUCUCCGUUGCUACUAUCUAUGGUUUAUUUCGUGAAGGGACAGACGAUCAAAAGUAAUCGGUCGCAAUCCGAGCUUGAGCAAUUGAAUAUGAAAGUUCAGCUUUAUAACCAGAGUUUCAAAUCGUCAUGCAAACAGAGUGGGUUUGGGCCCAAUGGGGUGGGCUAUAUUGCGCUGAAAGAGAUUUCUAACAUCGUCGAGAAAAAUCACUGUUAUUUCGAUAAGGAGCAAUUGGAUAGCGUCCAGUUGAAACUCAAGGACGUGAAGCGAGGCUUUGAAACCCGUAAGCGAAAACUAGACCCAGAAAGUCUCCCUCCAAGCUCGAAGGAAGAAAGUGUAUUUAGCUCGCAAAUUUAA